AUUUUUCUGAAAACACCAGUGAUCAGGCCAAAAAAAAUCUUGCACUCUAUUUUUCCUUUUUGUUGUUGAAAAUCUCUGCAAAAUUCUGUCCUCCACGUCAGCACUUGUUUUCCAGAAACUUUUUAUUUUGUUCCUUUCGGAUUUUUCCACUUUUGAGCCGUAGAAAAUGUCGCAAAUCAUGGACCGGCUUCAAGUUCUGAACCAAAUCGAAACGGAUGUGAUCGCUUGCAUGCAAAGCGCUGGUCAAGCCCUGCUGGAGUUGAGCAAGGAAAAGUCCAGUCUGAAACAGGCUGAAACGCACACGACGCAGUUUUUGAAAACCCUCAACAACGUCGAGACCAAGCUCUCGGAUCAAAUCAACUACCUCACUCAAGUUUCCACUGGCCAACCGCACGAAGGGUCCGGCUACGCCUCGGCGAAAGUCCUGCAAAUGGCCUGGCAUCGACUGGAACACGUUCGGAGCAGAAUCAACAAUUUGGAGAAGAUCAAGAACAAACACCUCGGGGCCAGACCACCUUCUGCGCCUAGACUUUCCUCUCAGCAACAGCCCAUCACAGUGCCAAGUGGGAGCAGCACCCCAGUUUCGUCAGGAGCCCCUCCGACUCCGACACAACCACCUUCGCUGGGACCACCCAACAGCAACUAACUGAAAGUUAAUUGGACCAAAAUUUGUGAAAAUUCAGGAGAUUUUUUCAUAAAUUGUGCAUUAGUGUUUAAUUUUUUUCAUUUAAUAUUUAAAAUUAUGAAUUUUAGUCUAGUGAGUUUUGCAUCUUCGGAUUUAGUAAUAAAAUCGGUUCUCAUAUGAAAUUUAAAUUUUAUUAAGUCAAAAACCAACACCUCUUUCAAUUAUUCACAUAUUAUAUUACCGCAGUAAGGAAUGUUUCUUCUUUUUCUCUUAUACAAUUUAGACCCAGUUUCAACAAUAAAAUACAACAACCAUA